AUGAGGCCAUUGGCGAUCGCAACCGCCGUCCUCUCAUUUGCAUCCGCUGCUGUUUGCGUAGAGAAGGGAAACUUGACGAAACCACUUACCUCCAAACUUAUUUUACCCUCAACCUUCAGACCCGCGCAGAAUUUCAAAAAUGCCAACUUGGUACAUAUUAUCAAUCUAGAGAAGAGCUAUCCAAAAGAAUCCAUCAAUGUGGUGAUUGAGAACGUCGCCAGUACGCCCCAAGAUGAGUAUUUCAUACCAUUCACGUCCCAGCAGAUGGCGACGAUUGGAGGAUUGGAGGUGAAGGACAGGAAGAACCCAGAAAGUCCUUUGUUCGAAGUGGAGGCUUUCAUUAUCUACCUACCAUUGACAGGCACUAACAGAUGCUAUAGUGACACGCAAUUCUAUCGCAUACAUCUUCCAGAACCCCUUGCACCCAAGGCACAGCAAACAUUAGGCAUUUCUUUCUACUACCUCUCGGCAUUGAACCCUCUACCAGCGACCAUUGCCCAAGCAGACAAGCAAUACCUCGUUUACACGUUAUCCGCGUAUUGCCAGUCAGCAUAUGAUACAUUGAAGCAGAAGACGGAGGUCAAGUUUCCCUCGACUACGGUUCCUGAAUACACGAUUGUUCCAGGAACAAAGGGCUCACCGGAAUCGCCCCAGAAGCAGGGCUCCAAGUUCACAUAUGGAUCAUAUGGAGAGGUACCAGCUGGUGCCGUGGAGCCAGUCAAGGUCCGAUAUGAAUUCACGAAGCCAUUGAUCCACGUAUCAGAGUUGGAGAGGGAUAUUGAAGUUAGCCACUGGGGUGGAAACAUUGCAUUCGAGGAGCGAUAUAUCAUGACGAACCGGGCUGCCAACCUCAGCAAGCAGUUCUCCCGAGUCGAGUGGGCUUCUCAGACAUACUACAAUCCUCCAUCCACAGCAGUGAAGGAACUCAGGUUCCCUUUGAGAGUUGGAAGCUUGGAGCCAUACUUCACGGAUGUUAUUGGUAACGUCUCUACAUCCAGAUUCAGGAGUAACAGACGCGAGGCCAACCUUGAGAUCAAGCCCAGAUAUCCAGUAUUCGGAGGCUGGAACUACCCAUUCCGUGUCGGAUGGAACGCGGAUCUCAAAAAGUACCUGCGUAAACUGAGUGGUGGAGAAGGCUAUGUUCUGAAUGUACCUUUCCUUGAGGGGCCAAAACAGCCUGAAGGAAUCGAGUACGAACAUAUCGAGCUUCGUGUGAUCCUCCCAGAGGGCGCUGAGAAUGUUCAAUACAGCACCACCGUCCCUCUCGUUAGCGCUAGCACCUCCCUCCACCGAACAUUCAUGGACACUACCGGCCGCACAGCACUCACUCUGACUGCAAUCAACAUCGUCGAUGAUCUCCGAGACCGUGAGCUGAUAGUGACCUAUGACUACCCACUCCUAGCUGGUUUCCGGAAACCAUUGGUGAUUUUUGUGACCAUUUUGAGCUUGUUCGCUGCGGCGUGGGGAAUUGGCAGUCUGGAUGUCACAAUAAAGAACAAGCGAUCUUAG